AUGAGGUUCGUGGCGGACAUUUCCACCCCAAAAACCAUCCACAAGAGUACCCAACCCCAUAAUCCCAUUUUUAAAUUGGUUUGAUAAAUCAAUGUUCUAGGGCAGUGGGUUACUUUGACACUCUUGUAUGACUCUGACUCAUAACACCUUCCAUAAUGUGUCUGGCUGUGGCAUAACCUUUGCCUGAUGAGAAUGUGUCGUAAUGUCAACUGGAGCUACAGUGCAAUUAACAGCUCCUUCGGUUCAUACUUCAGUCUGAGACUGCCGUCGUUGAAGUUGUUUGUGGUGACGUCAAAAUGAGGGGUGUUUUACAAAACAAAGUCAUCAGCGAUUGGAUAAUCUCUAACCAAUCAGAGUCCUAAAGCCAAUGAUGAAUAAAAAAAUAAAAAAAAUCUGCUUUAUCCACGCACGUUCUGGCUCUGGCCCAACCUAUUGGUUUCUGGGACCAAUCAGAAUGGUUAGAAUGUGUUUGCGUUCUAGUAAUCUUUGGAGAGGUACUCAGAUCCAGACUCAUUGCAGAGAUUAAAAUAACAUCUGUGGGAGUGGCGUAGCGUUUGGCAAAAGGGUUUUCUAAUGAUCAAUUAGCCUUUUAAAAUGAUAAACUUGGAUUAGGAAACACAACGUGCCAUUGGAACACAGGACUGAUGGUUGCUGAUAAUGGGCCUCUGUACGCGUAUGUAGAUGUUCCAUUGAAAGUCAGCCGUUUCCAGCUACAAUAGCCAUUUACAACAUUAACAAUGUCUACACUGUAUUUCUGAUCAAUUUCAUGUUAUUUUAAUGGACAAAAAAAUUGCUUAUCUUUCGAAAACAAGGACAUUUCUAAGUGAUCCCAAACCUUUGAACGGUAGUGUGCAUAUAUACAGUGGGGAGAACAAGUAUUUGAUACACUGCCGAUUUUGCAGGUUUUACUACUUACAAAGCAUGUAAAGGUCUGUAAUUUUUAUCAUAGGUACACUUCAACUGUGAGAGAUGGAAUCUAAAACAAAAAUCCAAGAAAAUCACAUUGUAUUAUUUUUAAGUAAUUAAUUUGCAUUUUAUUGCAUGACAUAAGUAUUUGAUACAUCAGAAAAGCAGAACUUAAUAUUUGGUACAGAAACCUUUGUUUGCAAUUACAGAGAUCAUACGUUUCCUGUAGGUCUUGACCAGGUUUGCACACACUGCAGCAGGGAUUUUGGCCCACUCCUCCAUACAGACCUUCUCCAGAUCCUUCAGGUUUCGGGGCUGUCGCUGGGCAAUACGGACUUUCAGCUCCCUCCAAAGAUUUUCUAUUGGGUUCAGGUCUGGAGACUGGCUAGGCCACUCCAGGACCUUGAGAUGCUUCUUACGGAGCCACUCCUUAGUUGCCCUGGCUGUGUGUUUCGGGUCGUUGUCAUGCUUGAAGACCCAGCCACGACCCAUCUUCAAUGCUCUUACUGAGGGAAGGAGGUUGUUGGCCAAGAUCUCGCGAUACAUGGCCCCAUCCAUCCUCCCCUCAAUACGGUGCAGUCGUCCUGUCCCCUUUGCAAAAAGCAUCCCCAAAGAAUGAUGUUUCCACCUCCAUUCUUCACGGUUGGGAUGGUGUUCUUGGGGUUGUACUCAUCCUUCUUCUUCCUCCAAACACGACGAGUGGAGUUUAGACCAAAAAGCUCUAUUUUUGUCUCAUCAGACCACAUGACCUUCUCCCAUUCCUCCUCUGGAUCAUCCAGAUGGUCAUUGGCAAACUUCAGACGGGCCUGGACAUGCGCUGGCUUGAGCAGGGGGACCUUGCGUGCGCUGCAGGAUUUUAAUCCAUGACGGCGUAGUGUGUUACUAAUGGUUUUCUUUGAGACUGUGGUCCCAACUCUCUUCAGGUCAUUGACUAGGUCCUGCCGUGUAGUUCUGGGCUGAUCCCUCACCUUCCUCAUGAUCAUUGAUGCCCCACGAGGUGAGAUCUUGCAUGGAGCCCCAGACCGAGGGUGAUUGACCGUCAUCUUGAACUUCUUCCAUUUUCUAAUAAUUGCGCCAACAGUUGUUGCCUUCUCACCAAGCUGCUUGCCUAUUGUCCUGUAGCCCAUCCCAGCCUUGUGCAGGUCUACAAUUUUAUCCCUGAUGUCCUUACACAGCUCUCUGGUCUUGGCCAUUGUGGAGAGGUUGGAGUCUGUUUGAUUGAGUGUGUGGACAGGUGUCUUUUAUACAGGUAACAAGUUCAAACAGGUGCAGUUAAUACAGGUAAUGAGUGGAGAACAGGAGGGCUUCUUAAAGAAAAACUAACAGGUCUGUGAGAGCUGGAAUUCUUACUGGUUGGUAGGUGAUCAAAUACUUAUGUCAUGCAAUAAAAUGCAAAUUAAUUACUUAAAAAUCAUACAAUGUGAUUUUCUGGAUUUUUGUUUUAGAUUCCGUCUCUCACAGUUGAAGUGUACCUAUGAUAAAAAUUACAGACCUCUACAUGCUUUGUAAGUAGGAAAACCUGCAAAAUCGGCAGUGUAUCAAAUACUUGUUCUCCCCACUGUAUAUAUAUAUAUAUAUCCCACUGACAAAGACAUGAUCAGUCUAUAAUUUUAAUGGUAAGUUUAUUUGAACAGUGAGAGACAGAAUGACAACAAAAUAAUCCAGAAAAACGCAUGUCAAAAACGUUAUCAAUUGAUUUGCAUUUUAAUGAGGGAAAUAAGUCUUUGACCCCUCUGCAAAACAUGACUUAGUACUUGCUGGCAAAACCCUUGUUCGCAAUCACAGAGGUCAGACGUUUCUUGUAGUUGGCCACCAGGUUUGCACACAUCUCAGGAGGGAUUUUGUCCCACUCCUCUUUGCAGAUCUUCUCCAAGUCAUUAAGGUUUUGAGGCUGACGUUUAGCAACUCAAACCUUCAGCUCCCUCCACAGAUUUUCUAUGGGAUUAAGGUCUGAAGACUGGCUAGGCCACUCCAGGACCUUAAUGUGCCUUCUUGAGCCACUCCUUUGUUGCCUUGACCGUGUGUUUUGGGUAAUUGUCAUGCUGGAAUACCCAUCCAUGACCCAUUUUCAAUGCCCUGGCUAAGGGAAGGAGGAUCACACCAAAGAUUUGACGGUACAUGGCCCCGUCCAUUGUCCCUUUGAUGCGGUGAAGUUGUCCUGUCCCCUUAGCAGAAAAACACCCCCAAAGCAUAAUGUUUCCACCUCCAUGUUUGACGGUGGGGAUGGUAUACUUGGGGUCAUAGACAGCAUUCCUCCUCCUCCAAACACUGCGAGUUGAGUUGAUGCCAAAGAGCUCCAUUUUGGUCUCAUCUGACCACAACACUUUCACACAGUUCUCCUCUGAAUCAUUCAGAUGUUCAUUGGCAAACUUCAGACGGGCCUGUAUAUGUGCUUUCUUGAGCAGGGGGACCUUACGGGCGCUGCAGGAUUUCAGUCCUUCACGGCUAAGUGUGUUACCAAUUGCUUUCUUGGUGACUAUUGUCCCAGCUGCCUUGAAAUCAUUGACAAGAUCCUCCUGUGUAGUUCUGGGCUGAUUCCUCACCAUUCUCAUGAUCAUUGCAACUCCACAAGGUGAGAUCUUGCAUAGAGCCCCAGGCCAAGGGAGAUUCACAGUUCUUUUUUGUUUCUUCCAUUUGCGAAUAAUCGCACCAACUGUUGUCAUCUUCUCCCCAAGCUGCUUGGCGAUGGUCUUGUAGCCCAUUCCAGCCUUGUGUAGGAUAACAAUCUUGUCCCUGACAUCCUUGGAGAACUCUUUGGUCUUGGCCAUGGUGGAGAGUUUGGAAUCUGAUUGAUUGAUUGCUUCUGUGGACAGGUGUCUUUUAUACAGGUAUCAAGCUGAGAUUAGGAGCACACUCUUAAAGGGAGUGCUCCUAAUCCCAGCUUGUUACCUGUAUAAAAGACACCUGGGAGCCAGAAAUCUUUCUGAUUGAGAGAGGGUCAAAUACUUAUUUCCCUCAUUAAAAUGCAAAUCAAUUUAUAGCAUUCUUGACAUGUGUUUUUCUGGAUUUUUUGUUGUUAUUCUGUCUCUCACUGUUCAAAUAAACCUACCAAUAAAAUUAUAGAAUUAUCAUUUCUUUGUCAGUGGGCAAACAUACAAAAUCAGCAGGGGAUCAAAUACUUUUUUCCCUCACUGUAUAUAUAUAUAUAUAUAUAUACCGGUCAAAAGUUUAGAACACCUACUCAUUCAAGGGUUUUUAUUAAUUUUUACUAUUUUCUACAUUGUAGAAUAAUAGUGACGACAUCAAAACUAUGAAAUAACACAUAUGGAAUCAUGGAGUAACCAAAAAAGUGUUAAACAAAUCAAAAUAUAUUUUAUUUGUGAGAUUCUUCAAAUAGCCACCCUUUGACUUGAUGACAGUUUUGCACACUCUUGGCAUUCUCUCAACCAGCUUCACCUGGAAUGCUUUUCCAACAGUCUUGAAGGAGUUCCCACAUAUGCUGAGCACUUAUUGGCUGCUUUUCCUUCCCUCUGCGGUACGACUCAUCCCAAACCAUCUCAACUUGACAUCAUGGGAAAAUCAAAAGAAAUCAGCCAAGACAUCAGAAAAAUUAUUGUAGACCUCCACAAGUCUAGUUCAUCCUUGGGAGCAAUUUCCAAACGCCUGAAAGUACCACGUUCAUCUGUACAAACAAUAGUAUGCAAGUAUAAACACCAUGGGACCACGCAGCCGUCAUACCGCUCAGGAAGGAGACACGUUCUGUCUCCUAGAGAUGAACGUACUUUGGUGCGAAAAGUGAAAAUCAAUCCCAGAACAACAGCAAAGUCCAGUGUCAAGAUGCUGGAGGAAACAGGUACAAAAGUAUCUACAGUAAAACGAGUCCUAUAUCGACAUAACCUGAAAGGCCGCUCAGCAAGGAAGAAGCCACUGCUCCAAAACCGCCAUAAAAAAGCCAGACUACGGUUUGCAACUGCACAUGGGGACAAAGAUCGUACUUUUUGGAGAAAUGUCCUCUGAUGAAACAAAACUGUUUGGCCAUAAUGACCAUCGUUAUGUUUGGAGGAAAAAGGGGGUCGCUUGCAAGCCGAAGAACACCAUCCCAACCGUGAAGCAUGGGGGGUGGCAGCAUCAUGCUGUGGGGGUGCUUUGCUGCAGGAGUGACUGGUGCACUUCACAAAAUAGAUGGCAUCAUGAGGAAGGAAAAUGAUGUGGAUAUAUUGAAGCAACAUCUCAAGACAUCAGUCAGGAAGUUAAUGCUUGGUCGCAAAUGGGUCUUCCAAAUGGACAAUGACCCCAAGCAUACUUCCAAAGUUGUGGCAAAAUGGCUUAAGGACAACAAAUUCAAGGUAUUGGAGUGGCCAUCACAAAGCCCUGACCUCAAUCCUAUAGAAAAUGUGUGGGCAGAACUGAAAAAGCAUGUGCGAGCAAGGAGGCCUACAAACCUGACUCAGUUACACCAGCUCUGUCAGGAGGAAUGGGCCAAAAUUCACCCAACUUAUUUUGGGAAGCUUGUGGAAGGCUACCCAAAACGUUUGCCCCAAGUUAAACAAUUUAAAGGCAAUGCUACCAAAUACUAAUUGAGUGUAUGUAAACUUCUGACCCACUGGGAAUGUGAUGAAAGAAAUAAAAGCUGAAAUAAAUCAUUCUCUCUACUAUUAUUCUGACAUUUCACAUUCUUAAAAUAAAGUGGUGAUCCUAACUGACCUAAGACAGGGAAUUUUUACUAGGGUUUAAUGCCAGGAAUUGUGAAAAACUGAGUAGAAAUGUAUUUGGCUAAGGUGUAUGUAAACUUCCGACUUCAACUGUAUGUGACAGGUUUGCUGAGUUGCAUUUGAUCGUUUGUGUAAUAUGUGACAUUGCUUAGAUACAGACAUGGAUAGAGAUGACAGAGUAUUGUUGACACAUUGUUAGAAAGUAAUACUAUGGUCCUUUGUAGCUCAAUUGGUAGAGCAUGGCGCUUGUAACGCCAGGGUAGUGGGUUCGAUCCCCGGGACCACCCAUACGUAAAAAUGUAUGCACACAUGACUGUAAGUCGCUUUGGAUAAAAGUGUCUGCUAAAUGACAUAUUAUUAAGAUCUACUCAUAACAAAACAUAGAUUAACCCUAUGAGAAAACAUAGAUUAACCCCAUGAUAAAAAAUGGAUUAACCCCAUGAUAAAAAAUGUAUUAACCCCAUGAUAAAACAUAGAUUAACCCCAUGAUAAAACUUAGAUUGGACAUCACUUCCAAAGCUCAAAUGUGCAUUUGAAACCUAUAAAGAACAAAAUCUGUAUUUUCCCCACUGUGUGUGGCGAAAUUAAUAGCAUACAGUUUGUUCAUCUAUUAAUCGUGACCUCGAGUGUGCUCACAAGUAGUGCCCGUUGUCAUGGUAACAGGUUGUUUGAGACCCAUCCAGAAUGCAAGAACGUCUUCUUCCUGUUCCGUGACGUGGAAGACCUGGAGAGGCUGCGGAACAACAAGGAGUUACAAACUCACGGCCUACGGUCAGUGACACCCUUCACCUCCUCCCUCAAUCUUUCUUUAUCUCCUUUCUCCCUCCUGCCAUUCUACCUCCUCCUCUCACCCUCUCACCCUCUCAUCAUCACCCACUUGUCAGCUCCCAGGCAAGCUCUGAGCACAUCCAGAGACGCGAGUGCAGAAACUGUGAGGACGGUGGGUCCCUUAUUUCUUAUUGUCUUGGCACACAGUCAACUAGAUUCAGAGAAGGCGUGAGAUUGCACCAAGAUAUUGCUUUUUUUUAAAUAGUAAAUGAAUAAGAUUGGGUCUAGGAAGCACAGCUGUUUGUUUGUUUCUUGUUUAUUUGGAUCCCAAUUAGCUUUUGCAGAGGCAGCAGCUAUUUUUCCUGGGGUCCACAAACAACACAAAAUAUGACAACACACACACUGAUAAACUGAUAGACAAGGACAGUCACACACAUUUAUAAUACAAUGAUGUACAAACAAUACAACAAUAAAACAACAACAACAACAACUUAUACAAACAGUAAAACUACUAAAAUGACGUGUAUGUUAGUGUGUCUUUGUGUGCGCGUGUGUUUGAUUGUGUGGUUAGAAGCUGGUUAGAAUAUGAGAUGGCACUCCACAGACCACAUGCACAGAAUACCUUACCCUGCAUUCACAUGAUAGCUACAUUUCCAAUGUAGUAUAACUAGUAUAAUCUCAUGCACCUUCGAGUGUCAUCAUUGUCAGCAUAAUACGUCAGUCGGUUUCCUGAAACAAAGCGGUAAGAUGGCGCCGAAGGUUUCUACUUUUUCUAGUGUUUUUUUGUAGCGUUUUAACGCAAAUUUUCUUACAAUACUUAAUAAACCCGGGCAGAACUAUUGGAAUAUGAAUCGCUAUUGGAAUAUGACCCCCCCCCCCCCCCCUGUACCCUGUAAUUACACCUGCAACUCUGUAAAUUUUUACAUUUCUAAUCUAAAUCUAAUCUAAUCUGCCUGUUCUUGAGCUGAGCGUGAGUGGACUGAAAUUACUUGUCUUGUACCUGCUGCGGCCCUGGCAAAGAGGAGACAUUUAACCCAGUGUCUGCUGUCUACGUUUCUCACAGCGACCCACAACACACGUCGCACAGGACACUGACCGUAAGCGAGGCAUCAAAGGGUUGCCAAUGCUAACGCUAUAGCUAAUUAAGCCGCAGAGCGGGUUGUGGCUAUUAAUUCAGCAACAGGGUGCCUGGGAGUGGGACUAAACACACACUGUUGAAAGCUAGGUUUGCUAUCGCCAGCGUCAACUUGUCACGCUCGUCUAAUGAGGAGGACCAAGGCGCAGCGUUGAAAGUGAACAUAGUAUUUAUUAGACUGAUCACACGAUCAAAAUAACUGACGAAAACGUGAUGUCUCUGGUUACAUAAACAAACCAAAAUGAGAACAAGAAACCACAACACAAAGUGAAAAGACCGAUAGUUAAAUAUGGCUCCCAAUCAGAGACAACCAGCUGACACUCGUUGCCUCUGAUUGGGAGUCACUCAGGCCAACAUAGAUAUACAAACAUAGACUUACACACCCUGGCUCAACAUAACAUAGUCCCCAGAGCCAGGGCGUGACAGUACCCCCUCCCAAAGGCGCGGACUCCAACCGCGCCAAACAACCACAACAGGGGAGGGACCGGGUGGGCACUCCGCCUCGGCGGCGGAUCCGGCUCCGGACAUGACCCAGGCACGGGUUGUGCUGGACUGACGACGCGCACCCCUGGCUUGGUGCGUGGAGGAGGAACGGGCCUUACCAGGCUGACGACGCACACCGUAGGCUUGGUGCGUGGAGCAGGGACAGGCCGGACUGGGCUGACGAAGCACACCACUGACUUGGUGCGGGGAGCAGGAACGGGCCGGACCGGGCUGACGAAGCGCACCCCUGACUUGGUGCGGGGAGCAGGAAUGAGCCGGACCGGGCUGACGACGCGCACCACUGACUUGGUGCGGGGAGCUUGGACGGGCCGGACUGGGCUGGCGACGCGCACCACCGACUUGGUGCGGAGAGCAGGAACGGGCCGGACAGGGCUGGUGACGCGCACCACCGACUUGGUGCGGGGAGCAGGAAUGAGCCGGACCGGGCUGACGACGCGCACCACUGACUUGGUGCGGGGAGCUUGGAUGGGCCGGACUGGGCUGGCGACGCGCACCACAGACUUGGUGGGAGUGGCAGGAACAGGCCGGCCCGUACUGGGAACACACACCACUGGCCCUACGUGGGGAUCAGGAACAGGCCGGACCGGACAGGCAACACACGCCAGUGCCUCUCGCCGUGCCUCUACAACCUCCUUCCCCCUGGUGACCAGUGACUCCCGUAACCUGGCGGCCUCCUCUGCCAACCCGCUGGACCGCUCUAUCGCGGCCUCCUGCUGCCCCGACGUCGUGAGCCCCCCCCUAAAAAUUUUCUGGGGGUCUCUCCUCCCCGUGGGCCAGGCCUCCAUCGUUCUCGCCAGACUCUCACCCCACUGCUCCAAAGUCCAACCUCUCUCCUCUUCUCUUGGCUUGGCCCAGUCGAGACUCCUACUCCACUGCUCCCAAGUCCACCCUCUCUGCUCCUCACUAGGCUGCUUGGUCCAGUUCUGGUGGUUUCUUCUGUCACGCUCGUCUAAUGAGGAGGACCAAGGCGCAGCGUUGAAAGUGAACAUAGUAUUUAUUAGACUGAUCACACGAUCAAAAUAACUGACGAAAACGUGAUGUCUCUGGUUACAUAAACAAACCAAAAUGAGAACAAGAAACCACAACACAAAGUGAAAAGACCGAUAGUUAAAUAUGGCUCCCAAUCAGAGACAACCAGCUGACACUCGUUGCCUCUGAUUGGGAGUCACUCAGGCCAACAUAGAUAUACAAACAUAGACUUACACACCCUGGCUCAACAUAACAUAGUCCGCAGAGCCAGGGCGUGACACAACUUCAGUUGCUUCUCAGUAUGACAGGUUUUUAAAGGCUCUCUGAUCUCUUUCUUUGACUAAAAGGUAGAAAUGUCUACUCUAAAGUAGUGGGACUACAACUUAGUCACAGGGGUACUGAAAAGUUCCUUGAGAUCUUCUGAUGCAGAAGUAGUUCUGAUGGCUUGGUUAGUUGAAGCGUGGUGCUAGGAAUGGGGCCCAUAUAACUAGCUACAUUCAAGUCUUUAUCUUACAACCUAGACAUGUGUACUGUGUAUUUAACUAUCUAGUUGUAACUGCUUGAGAGCAUGGGGCCUCUAACCUGACCAGCAUUAUCAUGAGAUACACUUGGUGCCUUCAGGAAAACAAACACAUGAGUGUCUAGCGCUAGUCAAUCAGUUGCUAAUGUGAUAGGCCUACUUGUAGCUCAGUUGUUAGAGCAUGGUGCUUGCAACGCCCGGGUUGUGGGUUCGAUUCCCACGGGUGGCCAGUAUGAAAAAAUUGAUGCACUCACUAACUGUAAGUCGCUCUGGAUAAGAGCGUCUGCUAAAUGACCCCCCCCCCCCCCAAAAAAAAAAAAAAUACCAGAUGUCUCAUUCCCCUUUCCCUAAAUGUCCCUUUAGCUAACAACACAGAAGCUUGCUACUUUGCAUUGGCCGAUGUCACGGUUUGAAUGUUAGUGUGCCUUUCUACUUCUGACCCUAUUUACCUCUGACAAUGGCAUUUCUUCAUGUCUUGAAGGAUAAUGCACUUCAUUGAGAAAAGCGUGGCCAGACUUAAUCAGAUGGAACAACUGGACCAACUGAUCCUAGAUCUGGGCAAGAGCCACUAUCGUUACAACUCCCCACCGAAGUACUACGUGGUAGGUGUUCAGUCUGGUUUCUGGCUAAUGUAAUCUUGUUCAUUUAUGAUCUUAAAGGCUAAACUAAUCCUAGAUCAGCACUCAAAAUAUUCCAUGGCUAGAAAAUAGAGUUCCAGUACUACCUUUGCUUAACAACAGAGCGUGGACUUUCACAGAACAUUCAUCACUACAGGACUAGGGAUGAUGUGUGCAGAUAUUCUUGGAAUCCAUCCAGCUUUAAUCUUCUCUGUCUAGAUAAUAACUGCAUGAUAACGUAAUGGAAAAUCUGUCUUGUUAUUUUGUUGGAUGUUGGAUCAUCAGAUAAUUCUGAGUCUAUUGCUCUCUGUUUAUCAAACAUUUAUGACCUUCCAGGGCACUAAUUAUGUCCUCUGGGUUUAUUCCAGUACGUGGGGACAGAGUUUAUUCGAGCCGUCCAGCCAAUCCUGAAGGACAACUGGACCCCAGAAGUGGAGGAGGCUUGGAAGGUAAACAGUUGAUGGGAACAUUCCCAUCCCAGCUAGCAACCAUGGUGUGACGAUGACAAUGAGCCACCCGUCUCAGUUCCAUUAACUCUGUGGAGAAGCUAUUUAAUGAUUAAAACUGGGUAACACUACUUUAUAAGGCCUUAAAGGGCAAUCUGAGAUUGGUAUAUCCAGUUUUGGACUUUUAAAUUAAAUAUAUAUAGCCAUUGAUUCUUGAAAAAUAUAACAUAUAAAUGCCUCAUAGGCUUAGUUCAACUGUCUAACCCCAUCAGAACCGAAAAUAUAAGCUUGCUUUACUCCAAAUGUAAUUGUAAAUGAAGACUGUAUAGACUUGGUCUUUUACCAAAUAGGGCUAUCUUCUGUAUACCCCCCUACCUUGUCACAACACAACUGAUUGGCUCAAACGCAUUAAGAAGGAAAGAAAUUCCACAAAUUAACUUUUAAGAAGGCAAACCGGUUAAUUGAAAUGCAUUCCAGAAGAGUGUGCAAAGCUGUCAUCAAGGCAAAGGGUGGUUAUUUGAAGAAUCUCACAAAUAAAAUAUAUUUUGAUUUGUUAAACACUUUUUUGGUUACUACAAGAUUCCAUGUGUUAUUUCAUACUUCUGAUGUCUUCACUAUUAUUCUACAAUAUAGAAUAUAGUAAAAAUAAAGAAAAACCCUUGAAUGAGUAGGUGUUCUAAAACGUUUGACCGGUAGUGUAUACCCAUUGAUUCUUGAAGAAUAUAACAUAUAAAUUCCUCAUGAGCUUAGUUCCACUGUCUUACCCCAUCAGAACCCAAUAUAACCUUGCUUUACUAAAUUUGUAAACAAUUAAUUGUAAACAAAGAAUAUAGCUUUAAAAUGGGUUAAAACCAUAGAGAUCCUAUUAAAUGACGUGUUUAAUACUAUCAUUGUGAUUGCAUGGAUCGUCUGUCCUUGCAUACAUAGCUCAUUUCGCCAGCUCUAUCUCUCAGCCAUUUACAGUGCAGGAAAAAAGUAUUUGAUCCCCUGCUGAUUUAGUACGUUUGCCCACUGACAAAGACAUGGUCAGUCUAUAAUUUUAAUGGUAGGUUUAUUUGAACAGUGAGAGACAGAAUAACAACAAAAUAAUCCAGAAAAACGCAUGUCAAAAAUGUUAUAAAUUGAUUAGCAUUUUAAUGAGGGAAAUAAGUAUUUGACCCCUCUGCAAAACAUGACUUAGUACUUGGUGGCAAAACCCUUGUUGGCAAUCACAGAGGUCAGACAUUUAUUGUAGUUGACCACCAGGUUUGCACAUAUCUCAGGAGGGAUUUUGUCCCACUCCUCUUUGCAGAUCUUAUCCAAGUCAUUAAGGUUUCGAGGCUACCAUUAAAAUUACAGACUGAUAAUUUCUUUGUCAGUGGGCAAACGUACAAAAUCAGCAGGGGAUCAAAUACUUUUUUCCCUCACUGUACCCAAAAAAGUGGCAGGGUGUCGGCUUUGUGGUUGUUUGAUUGUGUUCAGAUCUAGCUGACCACUUCAGAGCCUGGUUCCUCUCUAGGUUUCUUUGUAGGGUCCUGCCUUUCUAUGGAGAUCUCCUAGCCACCAUGCUUCUACAUCUGCAUUGCUUGCUUGCAGUGGGCAGCGUCAUCAGCACUCCUCCCACAAGUCUCCAGAAAACUUGUGUUUUGGGACGAGAGGCACCUUUUCAUUAUAACGUUGGAGGACAUAUGUUCCUAGCGUGUGAGGAAUGUGUUUGCUGGCCUCAUAAAUGCUAGCCAGCUAGCUAAUACUGUAUUUAGAAAAACUAUUUUUUGUUUGGCUAGAGUUAUGCUAACCCGUUUGCAACCCCUUUAGCGUUCCUUGCUAGCUUGCUGGCUAGCUACAGAGGUUAGCUGGCUAGUUAGCUACAGUAGUUAACUACUGCCAUAAGUUGUUGUGUUAUUAUCAUAUUUGGCCUAUUCCACUGUUUAUAGAAUGCAUACUGGCAUUUGAAUAUAGAGUGGGAAAAGGGAAUCUGGACACACAGUAGACACAUUUAAAUGUAGGUGUAGAUGCAUGACGCGUUCAGAAUUCCAUGAUCAGAACUCUAUGAUCAGAAUACUAAAGCUGUAUGAACUGUCAAGCCUAGACACGGCCUUGGACUCAUUGUCAGAUAAUGAUCAGGAAAGGUCCUAUCACAAAAACACCUGGGCCUGAAUGGCCUUAGGCAAGGGAAUGAUGGAUUAAAUUAUACAAGACAGGCAUCUUCAGACAUAGACCGUGCAUCCACAUGAUGCUUCUGAAAUUCCAAUUAGCACUUGAGACUGAAUCUUGAACAGUACUUGUUCUUGUCUCAACCAAUGAAACCAUAGAGACAGAAAGACACCACUUAGUAACACAAUUACACUGAACAAAAAUAUAAACGCAACAUGUAAAGUGUUGGUUUCCAUACGCACAAAAAGCUUAUUUCUCUCAAAUGUUGUUCACAAAUUGGUUUAUAUCGCUGUUAGUGAGCAUUUCUCCUUUGCCAGGAUAAUCCAUCCACCAGACAGGUGUGGCAUAUCAAGAAACAGCAUGAUCAUUACACAGGUGUACCUUGUGUUGGGUACAAUAAAAUGAUAUUUUAAAAUGUGCCGUUUUGUCAGACAACACAAUGCCACAGGUGGCUCAAGUUUUGAGGGAGUGUGCAAUUGGCAUGCUGACGGCAGGAAUGUCCAUCAGAGCUGUUCCCAGAGAAUUUAAUGUUGAUUUCUCUACCACAAGCCACAUCGUUUUAGAGAACUUUGCAGUACGUCCAACCGGCCUCACAACCGCAGACCAUGUGUAGCCACACCAGCCCAGGACCUCCACAUCCGACUUCUUCACCUGCGAGAUUGUCUGUGACCAGAAUAAUUUCUGCACAAACUGUCAGAAACCGUCUCAGGGAAGCUGAUCUGUGUGCUCGUCAUCCUCACCAGGGUCUUGACCUGACUGCAGUUUGGCGUCGUAACCGACUUCAGUGGGCAAAUGCUCACCUUCAAUGACCACUGGCAUGCUGAAGAAGUGUGCUCUUCAUGGAUGAAUCCCGGUUUCAACUGCACCUGGCAGACAGCGUGUAUGGCGUCAUGUGGGUGAGCGGUUUGCUGAUGUCAACGUUGUGAACAGAGUGCCCCAUGGUGGUGGUGGGGUUAUGGUAUGGGCAGGCAUAAGCUUAAGCUAGGGCGGCAGGUAGCUUAGUGGUUAAGAGCGUUGUGCCAGUACCCGAAAGGUCGCUGGUUCUUAUCCCCGAGCCGACUAGGUGAAAAAUCUGCCGAAGUGCCCUUGAGCAAGGCACUUAAUCCUAAUUGCUCCUGUAAGUCGCUCUGGAUAAGAGCGUCUGCUAAAUUACUAAAAUGUAAGCUACGAACACAAUUGCAUUUUAUCGAUGCCAAUUUGAGAUACCGCAACGAGAUCCUGAGGCCCAUUGUCGUGCCAUUCAUCCGCCACCAUCACCUCAUGUUUCAGCAUGAUAAUGCACGGCCCCAUGUCGCAAGGAUCUGUACACAAUUCCUGGAAGCCGAAAAUAUCCCAGUUCUUCCAUGGCCUGCAUACUCAGACGUCACCCAUUGAGCAUUUUUUGGAUGCUCUGGAUCGACGUAUACGACAGUGUGUUCCAGUUCCUGCCAAUAUCCAGCAACUUCACACAGCCAUUGAAGAGGACUGGGACAACAUUCCACAGGCCACAAUCAACAUCCUGAUGAACUCUAUACGAAGGAGAUGUGUCAUGUUGCAUGAGGAAAAUGGUGGUCAAACUAGAUACUGAAUGGUUUUCUGAUCCACACCCCUACCUUUUUUUAAGGUACUGUACCUGUGACCAACAGAUGCAUAUCUGUAUUCCCAGUCAUGUGAAAUCCAUAGAUUAGAGCCUAAUGAAUUUAUUUCAAUUGACUGAUUUCCUUAUAUGAACGGUAAAAUCUUAGAAAUUGUUCCAUGUUGUGUUUAUAUUUUUGUUCAGUGUAUAUUGUAUUGUUUUGAAUAGGUUGAGCCCAGGCUUACAUCUCCAGGAUGUUCAAGGCCUUUGUCCUUGCAUUUUUUUUCUUCAUAGUUACAACCUUUAUCAGGUUGGCAUUUAGCUAUAAGGGCACAUUUGAAAUCCAGAGUUGUGCUGAAAACAUGUUGCCAGUAUGCUGUUUAAUUAUUUUUUUCUGCGUUGUUAUUCACUAAGUAAAAGGCUUUCUAAGCUUUUUUUUGUCUCCAUGAACAUGAGCACCAUGAUCAUCCAGGGGAAAAACUGUAAGCCCUGAGCAUUUUCAAUGUUUUGCUGUGCUAAUGGUACAAGAGAGAGAUGUUCCGUUUUUGACUCAUUUCAUUCAGACAUAUCAAAAGGACAGCAAUGUAUACUGUCCAGCAGCGGUUCCCAACCUUUGUCGGUUACUGUACCACCACCUGAAUUUUGCUCUGCCCGGAGUACCCCUGAAGUACCCCCUCAUGUGCAUUUUAACAGUAGGCCUAUGGUCUCAUGAGACUUCUCAAGUACCCCGUAUGGAUAGGCCAAGUACUCCCAGGGGUCCUAGUACCACUGGUUGGAACCACUGCUGUAUUUACCAUGUAAUGGAGCAGUAGAUGUCUAUUCCAUGUCUUCUGUGUUGACCUUCAUGUUGUCCUACAGACGUUGUUCCUGUACAUCUCCAGUAUCAUGAAGCAAGGCUAUCUGGAAGAGGAGAAGAACCAGAGGAACGCAAUGGCCAACACCAGUAGAGAGAGACCAGAGAAGAGGCUCAAUGUCAUCUAG